GGAGGCGGCGAGGAGCGCGCCGGCCGCGGCCCGGGGGGGGGGGUUUGGAAAAAUGACUCAGUAAGUUCAGCGCGCCCGCUCCGGCCGGCCCUGCGCCUCCCGCCGCGCCCGGGAUGUAUUCGUCCCCGCUCUGCCUGACCCAGGAUGAGUUCCACCCGUUCAUCGAGGCGCUGUUGCCUCACGUCCGCGCCUUCGCCUACACCUGGUUCAACCUGCAGGCGCGGAAGCGCAAGUACUUCAAGAAGCACGAAAAGCGGAUGUCGAAGGACGAGGAGCGCGCGGUGAAGGACGAGCUGCUGGGCGAGAAGGCCGAGGUCAAGCAGAAAUGGGCGUCGCGGCUGCUGGCCAAGCUGCGCAAGGACAUCCGGCCCGAGUGCCGCGAGGACUUCGUGCUGGCCAUCACCGGCAAGAAGGCGCCGGGCUGCGUGCUCUCCAACCCCGACCAGAAGGGCAAGAUGCGCCGCAUCGACUGCCUGCGCCAGGCUGACAAGGUGUGGCGGCUGGACCUGGUCAUGGUCAUCCUCUUCAAAGGCAUCCCGCUGGAGAGCACCGACGGCGAGCGCCUGGUUAAGGCGGCGCAGUGCGGCCACCCGGUGCUCUGCGUGCAGCCGCACCACAUCGGCGUGGCGGUCAAGGAGCUCGACCUCUACCUGGCCUACUUCGUGCGCGAGCGAGAUGCAGAGCAAAGCGGCAGUCCCCGGGCGGGGAUGGGCUCCGACCAGGAGGACAGCAAGCCCAUCACACUGGACACCACCGACUUCCAGGAGAGCUUCGUCACCUCCGGUGUGUUCAGCGUCACUGAGCUCAUCCAAGUGUCCCGGACACCUGUGGUGACUGGAACAGGACCCAACUUCUCCCUGGGGGAGCUGCAGGGACACCUGGCGUAUGACCUAAAUCCAGCCAGCACCGGCAUGAGAAGAACGCUACCCAGCACAUCCUCCAGCGGGAGCAAGCGGCACAAAUCGGGCUCGAUGGAGGAAGACGUGGACACGAGCCCCGGCGGUGAUUACUACACCUCACCCAGCUCUCCCACGAGUAGCAGCCGCAACUGGACGGAGGACAUGGAAGGAGGCAUCUCAUCCCCGGUGAAGAAAACAGAGAUGGACAAGUCCCCUUUCAACAGUCCGUCUCCCCAGGACUCGCCCCGCCUCUCCAGCUUCACCCAGCACCACCGGCCCGUCAUCGCCGUGCACAGCGGGAUCGCCCGGAACCCUCACCCGUCCUCGGCCCUGCACUUCCCCACCACGUCCAUCCUGCCCCAGACGGCCUCCACCUACUUCCCGCACACGGCCAUCCGCUACCCACCUCACCUCAACCCCCAGGACCCGCUCAAAGAUCUUGUCUCGCUGGCCUGCGAUCCGGCCAGUCAGCAACCUGGACCGUUAAAUGGAAGUGGCCAGCUCAAAAUGUCCAGUCACUGCCUUUCUGCUCAGAUGCUGGCACCCCCGCCCCCCGGGCUGCCGCGGCUGGCGCUCCCCCCCGCCACCAAACCCACCUCCGAGGGAGGAAGCUCGUCGCCGACCUCGCCCUCCUACUCUACGCCCGGCACGUCCCCUGCAAACCGUUCCUUUGUGGGAUUAGGACCAAGGGAUCCAACGGGCAUUUAUCAGGCACAGUCCUGGUAUCUGGGAUAAGAAAGAUUUCUUCCCACGCCCUGCUCCUUCGUCCAGGGAAUCGAGGGGAGCCGCACAGCCGGCCCCCGGCCCACGUUUUCGGUGGCAAGCUAGAGCAAGCAAGAACACCCCGCUGACUCCCAGCCCGGCCGAAAGACAAAACACACAGACACAUAACACACAGGAGGAAAAAAAAAAAAAAGAAAAAAAAAAAAAGGAGAAAAAAAAAAAAAGACAAACGGGAAAAAAAAAAAACAAAAGAAAACCACACAUAAAAAUAAACCCACCCAACCAAGAAGAUAAAAGGUAAAGAUGGCAACGCUUCGGACUCUUGGGAUGCCGCGGCCGGACGGACCGGACCGGAGGGCCAGGCCCCACCGCCCCUGGGAGCGGGCGCUCGGGGCGUCCUAAGUUAUUCAUCUCCUCUCGCUGCUGCUCUGGGAGGGCUGGCUGCCCCCACCUCCGCCCUGGACCAGGUGAGCGCAGCCUGGUGCCCGUGCCCGGCCGACGGGGCAGGACACCCAGCGAGGCCGCCUCUCCCGCGCGCCCCCAUCGCCACUGCCACCGGGACAGUGUUUGCCAAGUGGGGAGGCAGCCCCCGGGGGGCCGGCGAGGACCCCGGCGGCAGGCAGCAGAGGCCACCGCGGAGGCCGGGGUGAGCAGGGGUGUGACGGGGGCAGAAGAGGGUUGCGGGGAGACCCCGGGCGUCGCCGGGGGACAAGGACGCAUGGCCAAUACUCUCUCAGGAGUGCCCCGCGGUUGUGGACCUCUCCGCCCCGCCCCAGAGCGCGCCGGGGACUCGGUCUUUGGUGAAGCCCCCCGCCGCGUGCCGGCCCGGUUUGGGAGACAUCUCUAUGCAAAUGACCCCCAGCCCGCCCCCCCCCCAGGCAUAGGAGGCCACCCUAGCGCACCCCAGCCCCCGGGGGAGGGCCCCACGUUGCACACACUGUAAGAAAUGCACUUUCCGAGGAAGGGGCUGGGGGCGGUGGAGCGGAGGGGCCCGGAGCUGCUCUGGACUUUCCAUCCACCCAAGCCCUGAACGGGGAGGACCCCACCACCCCGCUUAGCCCAUGGAGGUGUGGGAGGUGAGAGCGAGUGGUUUAAGUGCCUGAUUCCCACCGCCCGCCCCCCCUCCCCAUUGUCCAGCUGGGACGCGAGUGGCCGUGGGCAUCCUCCAACCUCCUCCCCCGCAACCCGGCCCCUCCAGUUGCUGACCCCUCAUUGCUAUGCCCCCCUCAGAGCUAGAGCGAUGGGACCCCGCCCAGUGGGCCCAAGGGGCAGAGCUGGGCAUCCCCCCAGCGUCCUGCCGUGCUGGGGCACGGGGGUGGGAUCUGGGGAAGGCGAUGUGCCCCCCGUCAACGCCUCCUCUGCCAGUGCCUUACAUCCUGGAGCGACACCCCCUCCCUGGUGCCUCCCGGCCCAAAGGGGGACCACGGUUUGCACUUUCAUCCCCCCACCCCCCGCCGAAGUGGGGCACAGCCGGGAGGUGCAUCGCAGCUGGGCCGCCAGAAGGAGAGAAGGCCAGGCCGGGUGCAGUCCACGUGUGCCUGGACAGCGCAGGGGGUUCUGGCUGGGGGCAGGGAGGGUCAGCGCCUCGGGGCUCCCUGCAGCCUUGUAGGGGGCCUCCCAUCUGCUAAACAUUUUCCGUUGAGCCGCUCCAAAAACACUAAACCUGGGGCCACCGGGUGCCCCCUCACCCCAGCUGCCCGGCCCCAUCCAUGCCUCCACCCCGGGAUGGCCAUCUUGGGUGGGGAGCCUGGGAGGGGGUGUUAGGUGUUCUAGGGUCACCAGGCCCAAACACAAGGACCCCUCCCGGCCCAUCCGUCUGAACCCCAACUGGCCUCCUCCAUGCCUGGCUCUGGGGAAUCCUGACGUCCAUCCCCGGGCCCAGGCCAAAGCCAUGGCCCUGGGCAGGCCUCCGCUUCACCUGCUCCCAGCCUGGCCCUCCCCUCCCUCUCCCGGUGAAACCCCGGUGCCCCGGGCCUGGCCAGCCUCCCCCCACCUCCCCAGACACCAGACUUUCCUCCUCCCAAACCAGCCCAAGGGGCUUGGCGAACCCACUCGAUCAUAAAGAGAAACGAUCCCUCCCCCCGAGACCCUUCCCCACCAGCCCCACUCCCGCUGUCCGGAGGGGUUCCAGAACCCUUGGUCCGUCCCUCUGUCCCCAGGGCCCCUCCACUGGGUGGCUGUUGGGGACCAAAGCAUGGGCCGCUCUCCGGGAGAGCAGGGGGUUGUGUAGUUGGGGUAUCCGGAAAGCUUCUCAGCCGGGAACCUUAGGGUGAGGGUAGGUGGGGGAGGGGAGGGGGCACCUGGCAGCCCCCAGCUACCUAACUUUGCAUGGUGCUUAGUCGAGGAUUCCUGUGACCUGGCUCCUGACGUCAGCUCGCGGCGGCUGAAACUGCAUGGCGAAUGAUACUGGCUCUAUCUCCUCCCCCAGCCCUCCCCCAGCCCUCCCUCCCACUCCCUCCUCUUUAAAAGAAAAAAAAAAGAUACAAAAAAAAAAAACCUUAAAAAAAUUCCAUGUUUCCUAAUUUGCACGAAAUUUUCUACCACAUGAUGUGCCUUGCCUUCCAAAAAUAAGUAUUACCUUUAAACAAUAUCAGCGCACACAGAUAGCUGCAUGCACUGCUCGUGUAGUUAAAAAAAAAAAAAAAAAAGACAAAGCAAUGACAUGAAAUAAAAAGUAAAAAUUGAAAA